UGCAAGCAGCAAAUUACACAUCACUCCUGGAAACAAAACAUCUGGUCAACAAAAGAGCUCAGAGGAGCUUAAACGGAGGCAGCUGGGUGGAGGCUCCGCAGACAUCUCUGAUCUCUCCAACAUGAACCCUGCUCCGGUGGCGCUGGUGCUGACGCUGCUCGCCACGGCGGCGGCUCAGUCCGACCAUCACGACAUGGGCUGGGUCAACGGCUACCGCCAGGGCUUCAACUUCCAGUGUCCCCACGGGGAGGUUCUGGUGGCCGCCAGGAGCUACUUCAGCGAGCAGGACGGCUCGGACCGCCUGUGGUCCUUCGAGUGCCAGCCCACACCUGAAGGUCUGGGGGAGCCCAGCGACUGCUGGUGGGACGACCUGAACCCCGCCGGCCUGGAGUGGACUUCAACAUGCACCCGCAACGGCCUGGUGGCCGGAGUUGAAAGCAAGUACUUCAACUCGGUUCUCGAUCGGGAAUGGCGGUUCUACUGCUGCUACUACAAGCGCCGUUGUCCCUACUCCUGCGUGAAGACAAAUGACAUUCCAGAAUACUUCAGAGAGGAAGCAGAGCUUGUCGUCCCGAGCUAUGGAUAUUUCAUCAGGGGUGCUCAGACCACUUUCAGUGGGGUGCUAAGGGACCGGCAGUGGAAGUACAUCCUGUGCAGAAUGACAGACUUUGACUGUGAAUUUGAAAAUUUAUAAAACCUCUGACUCUAACAGUCUUGAUGCAGAUUAGGGUUGCACAUUAUAUCGCCAAUUUAGUGUUUAUCGCGAUAUCGGCAUGCAGAACAUGCAUGACGCAAAAGACUUGACUAAAAUAAAGACUGUAAUGAAGCACGGCUUCGAUGCACUAUGCACUCCUGAAAUGAACAAAAAUGUGAGAUUUAUUCAGAAAUGUUACUUGACUGCCAGCCUCAAUUACUCCAUAAACACAGAAACAGUAGCAUUAUGCAAAAGUAACAAAAAACAACCCAAAAUCAACCAACAGCUGAGCUAACAUAAUCCACUUAAGUAUUUGUUUUUAUCGCAACUCACGUUGUUUUUGCAGUACUUGAUGACUUUAUGCCAUAUUGCAUGUUCACAUGAUAUUGUGCAGCCCUAAUACAUAUUCUGUCACUUGAGCAAAACAUACUCCAUAUCCAAUACGGCUCGAGAUCUCCUUCAUAUAUUUACUUUUCAUAAAUGGACCAAGGACAGUGAAUGUGAUAUAUGCCUGUAUGAGCACUGUGUCCGUCCAGCAUGCAGAAUGAGUGAAAUCAUAUAGAGAUUUCAGUUAAAACAAACAUCUACACAGCGGGUCUACAUGGGAUUCGGGCUCCGGCCAGCACUUUGGACGGCUUUAAGGGCUUUUUCUCUGCCUUCAGGAGGGACUGGAAGUCCUCUGGCUGUGUGUCAAAGUGGUUUUCCAAAACAAACUCAAUUAUUUGAUACUGUGUUCAUGGCAGUGGAAAACACAGCACGGCGGGCUGCGCUCCAACAUCUCAUGGUCGCAGUCAUGUGACUCUCUUGCUCAUAAAAGCACUCAGUGAGGUGGCUGAUUGGGAUUUUCUUCUUGGAGGGAACAGUUGGAACGAUCUUGUCGAGAUUAAUGAGUAACUCUUCCUGAGUCAGCGGUAGAAAAAAAAGAAAAAAUAAAGCUGCGCGUACAAUGAAGUGUGUCCUCACCUGAUUGUGUCUAAUUCAGCUUGCCAAGUAUAAACUGUACUGAAACUCAUGUAACUGAGUUGUGUGUUAAUGGGAUUAAAGUCUUUUCUUUGUAAAACA